AUGGAUAAGUUGGACGCACUUAAUGGCAAAGUUGAAUCUCUCCUCUCUAUCCCAGACAAGAUCGAUGAUAUUAAUACUAAAAUAGGUACUUUUGAUAGUAAACUAGCUAGUCUGGAAGCUAGGAUUGAUCAAAAUAAAGACCGCAUCAAUUCCUUAGAAGAUAAGAUAACCACAUUGGAGAGCACCAGCUCUGCCCCUUCAUUUGGAUCUGAAGAUAUUAUUGCCGAAUUAAAAGACCGGGAAAAGCGUUCUUUUAACAUUAUGCUCUACAAUUUACCAGAAAGCCCCAAUCCCUCAGUUGAGUCCAGAGUCCUGCAUGACACAGAAUUGGUCAAAAAGGUGUUAAGUCUUUUUCUUGAUAACAAUUCUUUUGAUGGGUUGAACUGCAUUCGGGUGGGCAAGUCUUCGGAAAACAGUGCUCGCCCCACAAAAGUCAUUUUGAAGGAUGCUGCUCUGAUUUCUGCGAGAUCUUACCUAAUUUGUUCUGCUUACAUUCCGCCAAAUGCAAAUGUUCUCGCUUACGAGGAAUUUUCUUUGGCAGUUGAAGAGAUCCUUUCUAACCACUUCUUUGAAGGAAUAAUCAUCACUGGUGACUUCAACCAACCUACAACUGACUGGACUUCGUUUGAAGGGGCACGUGUGAAUAAAUCGUCUCAAGUGUUGAUUGACCUUGCUUCAACUUUCAAUCUCAACCAACUGAAUACCACAUCUAACAAACGAGGCGUUACUCUUGAUUUGAUAUUUUCAUCUGUAUCAUACUGGACCGUUGAGCAGGCUCUUGACAUUCUAAUCCCCCAGGAGGAAGAUCAUCCGGCACUAUCAAUGGCUAUAUCCAUCCAAGACCAGACCUCAUCUACUGGUAUCCAGUUCAUCCCUGACACUAAACGCUGUGACCAUUUGAUGGUAUACGAUUGGAUUUCUAAGCUCUCAUAUCCUACGACCAACAUAGAGUCUGCUGAAGUGGAUUUUCAAGCUUUUUGUUCUGAUCUUACGAAUGCCGUAUCUACAUGCAGUCCCUUGAUGAAGCUUGGUAGAUCACCGUUUCCUCGAUGGUUCUCAGUGGACUUGAAGCGCCUAAUUAUCUUGAAGAAAAAAGCCCAUAAAAUGUACAAGAUAACAUCCAGCCAAUCCCAUUUAAGGAAUUUCAAUCUACUUCGUGCCCAAUGUUCCAUUAUGGUCGCCCAGUGUCGUCAAAGGCAUCUUGAUCGAAUGGAUACUUCCAUUAGAAACAACCCUAAAUGUUUCUGGAAUUUCGUCAAUGAACAGAGGAAUACGUCGUCUAGUCCUAAUUCAAUCCUUGUAAAUAAUUCUGUUGUUGUGGAGCCAGUCAAAAUCUCACACGCCUUUGCUGACUACUUUUCGUCAACUUUUACUGAGUCAGAUGAAGAUCCUCCAAACCUCGACUUUGUAAAUUUCAAGACAAUAUCAUCAUGGCGCAUCUCUGCCGAAGCAAUUGAAGAAAAACUCUCAAAGCUGGAUCCUAACAAAGGGGCUGGUCCGGACGGCAUCCCCCCAUCAAUACUGAGGUCUUGCAGCACUGUUAUUUCUCCUCAUCUCGCCAUCUUCUUCAACAUUUUCUUCUCUAAUGGAAUAUUUCCUCAGUGCUUAAAAUCUGGCUUUAUUGUGCCUUUAUUCAAAUCUGGCAACCGUGCAAAACCAGAAAAUUACCGACCGGUCGUCAUCUUAAAUGCGGUAGCUAAGGUAUUUGAGAGCUUAGUACUUGAUGGCCUCGAUUUUGAAUUUAAAACACUGAUCUCGCCUCGUCAACAUGGCUUCCGCACUGGGAGAUCUACUACAAGCAAUUUGGUCGUUUUCCAAAACUAUAUUACUUCGGCCUUCUCAAGAGGCAACCAAGUCGACUGCAUCUAUCUGGACUUCGCUAAGGCGUUCGACAGGGUUAGUCACAAGCUUCUCCUCGCCAAACUUGAAGGCCUAGGCUUUGUUGGACCUCUGCUUCAGUUUAUCAGAUCCUACCUUCAGGGACGCUCUUUAAAAGUUAGAUGUGGGACUGCUUACUCUUACCCCAUCCACGUACCAUCUGGAGUGCCACAAGGAUCUCACCUCGGACCCUUUCUAUUCAACUUAUUUAUAAAUGACAUUGGCGACACCUUGGAUUCUGAGUUCCUUCUGUUCGCGGAUGAUGCAAAACUUUUCUUAGAGAUCUCCAGUGCUCAAGACUUCACUCGUCUUCAGUCAUCAAUAAAUGCAGUGAUGAAUUGGUGCAUUGACAAUUCAAUGAGUCUGAACACCUCUAAAUGUGUCGUUAUGUCCUUUUCUCGCAGUCAGAACACUCAUGAGCAUGGCUAUUUUCUUGGGGACGACCCUCUGCGUAGAGUUUGGAGGUAUAAAGAUCUUGGCAUAAUAACUACUCCAACACUUCAUCCAGGAGAGCAUAUCCAACAAAUUUGCCACAAAUCAAGUUCCACUCUGGGCUUUCUCUUCCGCUUCACUCGAGGACUCUCCAUUAAUGCCUUGGUGUUGCUUUUUCGUGCACUGGUUCGUCCCACCCUCGAAUACAACUCUCCUGUCUGGGCUCCAUAUCAGACUGGACUCAUAUCUUCGCUGGAGAGAGUUCAAGUUCGUUUCAUUAGGGUCCUUGGCUGCAGAAUGGGAUAUCGCUACCUUGAUGCUCCCGUGAAUCUCAUCAGAUCUCAGUUUAAUCUAUGCUGCUUGGAAGAUCGGAGGAAAAUUUCGGACGCUCUGUUUCUCAUGAAGAUUGUAAGUGGAAAUAUCGACUGCCCUGAGCUUUUGGGAGGAAUACCAUUCCACGUUCCUGUCCGCACAAGAUCCAAGGAUACGUUUGAGCGGAGGCACUACAAUACUGUAUAUUUACAGCGAAGCACUAUCCCUCGCCUUUUGCGGGUCGGCAACGAGGUCGGCGCAGUGUUGGAUUUUCACCGUUCCAGCGUGGCUGCUUUCCGCUCCAAUCUGUGUCGCCUCUUCUCUUCUCCACCCGGAGAUCUCGACCCUUCUCCAAGCAUCACCAGCCAACUGCCUACGCUUACCAUAGCACAGUUCCCCGUUUACUUCGUCUGGGAAAUGCAGCUCAACUUGAGUUCUUCGGGCCUUCCUUGCCACUCUUUAGGAGAGUAG